UAUUUCGACGUUACUUCCGGUAGGGUAUGACAACUCGUGUUGGACGGGAAAACAGUAACUGCUAAACCAAAGCUGACCGCAAAUUAUACCAAAUUUGUGUUAAGAAAUAAUGGCAGAGGACAGCAGGGCUGAGGACUACCCUCACGAAAUAGACGACCAGCUCACAGGCUUUGACUCUUCAGUGUCGGCUGUUAAAACGAUGUUGGAGAAGCUAAUAUCAAUGCCCAGAAACGAGCUGCCGCAAAAGUUGGACCCUUUGGAUCAAGCCAAGCUGGAUUUAAUGUCUGCCUACACCCUGAAUUCUUUAUUCUGGAUGUACUUGAUAACACAAGGAAUAAAUCCAAGAGAGCAUGGUAUUAAACAGGAAUUGGAGCGAAUAAGGACUUACAUGAACAAAGUGAAAGAGAUCGCAGACAAAAAGAAAGCUGCUCAUCUUGAUAAGGGAGCUGCAGCGCGUUUUGUCAGAAACGCUCUUUAUGAACCACACGAAAAAGACUCAAAAAAGAAAUUAGCACCCAAGAAAGCAGCAGAGACGACGUCUGACAGCCCACAACCAAAGCGUCUGAAGCAGAGCUGAGGCAAACAAGGAGCUGCACUCACAGAUUCAGCAGUGAUGACUGUAAUUUUUUCGGGACAAAAACACUUUUUAUUCACAAGGCAGCAUCGUGCUUUAUAAAUUAUAUUAUGAGGACUUGUUCAGGAGAAUAUGAGACAUACAGGAAGGCACACAAUACUGUUUAUCUGGGCUAAUCCCCAGUCAGACUUGUGAUGACUGUUGACCAGCAGUGUCAGAAAAAGGUGCUUUAUGUACAAGAAACACAGAAGUAUUUACAUUCUUGAACAAAUUUCCCAGGUUCUGAUUAACAUUUUUCUGCCAAAAUGUAAUCUGAAGAGAUUCAUAAAUUGGAUUUCUUUUGUCAUGCCCCUAAAUUGCUGUUUCUAUGUAAUUCUGCAGGAUCCUAUGUUAAAAAAAAGUUUUCUCCUGUAAAGUCAGUAGUAAGUAGAAGUGAAGGUUAGUGUUUUUAAGAUGUUCUUUUAAGACAAGAUUUUUUUUCCUCAUUACUUUGAAAAUGAUUCUGUGAAUCAUAUUUUUUAGUUGGUAUGUUUCUACACAUUUUCCAUGUGUUUAACAUUGUGUUGAUAAAAUGUGGAGAUGUAUAAGAUUAUUUCUAGAUUAAAAAGAAACUAAACAGAAAUUU